AUGGCGAACUACGUCGAGAUAACGUCAGAUGGCGGCACCGGUCAGAAGCUCACCUACGCCACCACGGUGGUUGCUGGCUUUGCUUCCGUGAUUGCGAUAAUACUUUCUGUCAUCUCAAUACUGUUACAAGCCAAAAACUAUCGCAAGCCUCUUCUACAACGAUAUGUCGUUAGAAUCCUCGUCAUGGUUCCCAUAUACUCGAUCGCGUCAUGGAUUAGCAUGGUCUCUUUGAAAGCUGCCGCGUUCCUCGAUCCAGUCCGCGACAUAUACGAAGCUUUUACAAUCUAUACCUUCUUCCAGCUUCUCAUCAACUACCUUAGUGGUGAGCGGUCUCUCAUUAUCAUGACACACGGCCGAGCUCCAGUACACCAUCUUUGGCCCCUCAACCAUGUCCUUCCCAAAGUCGAUAUUUCGGAUCCUCAUACGUUCUUAUCCAUCAAGCGCGGGAUCCUUCAGUACGCUUGGCUAAAGCCCAUUCUUGCUUUAUCUGCUAUCAUCAUGAAAGCGACCGGAACCUAUCAGGAAGGCUAUAUCGGCCUCACCUCAGGCUACCUUUGGAGUGGUAUUGUGUACAACAUUAGCGUCACUGUUAGUUUAUAUGCGCUCGGCCUUUUCUGGGUUUGUAUGAACCAAGAUCUGAAACCUUUCAGACCUGUUCCCAAAUUCCUAUGCAUCAAGCUCAUCAUUUUUGCAUCAUAUUGGCAAGGUUUCUUCUUGUCAAUCUUGGUGUUCCUGGGUGCGAUUCCCGAUAAUGUUGAGGGAUACACCUCAGACAACUUGGCAGCAGCUAUUCAGGACGCUCUAAUAUGUGUGGAGAUGCCCAUCUUCGCAGUAGCCCAUUGGUAUGCUUUUUCAUGGCAUGAUUUCGCCGAUAACAGCAUUCUAUCUGCGCGUAUGCCCUUAAGGCAUGCCUUCAAGGAUGCCUUUGGGGUGAGGGACCUCAUCGAAGACUCGAAACUAACUUUCCGAGGAGACACCUACGGUUACAGAAUCUUUGACUCUGGCGACAAGGUGAUGGCUCACGAAGAUUCCAAAUCUCGUCUCGCGAGACUCAAGGAGGGUAUGCGAUACGAGCGUGGCGGAAAGGGGAAGUACUGGCUUCCAAAGCCAGGAGAAGUCAACUCGACAACGCCUCUUCUUCGAGGAAACGGUGAAUCAAGUGACAACCGACCUGAUCAGAUCAAUGAAAACACACACAACACUUUUGAUGAGCCGGAAAUAGACGCUGAUGAAGAUCGUCUGUACGAACAAGCGCGCCAACUGGAAUACGGCGAUUGGAAUUACCCUGUUAUCACAGCAAGUGAGCCACUGAGAGAGCGAUAUCGUUCCCCUGGAAGCUUUGGUACGCGCUCUCCUGCUUACGCUAGUCCGUCGGUGAGGUCACCGGCGACAGAGUACCCUCCUUCAAACAAUAAAGGCAAGCAAAAGAGCAGAGCACAUGCGCCCUCACGCACACCUCAGCCCGAAACUCAACCCGAAACUCAACCCGAGCCUGUCGUCCUGAUCAAGAAGAAAAAGAAGUCUAAGAAGGUCGUGAAGCACGCAGAGCCAAAUCCUCGUGCGUUGGCUCUAGACAAGGAGCCUCCUGCUUCUGUGGAAAGUGCUCAAGUUGGUGGGCGGGAUGGACAGGAAAGUCCCAGGAACGACGAAACUGAAGCUAUUGGCAACAACGAUCAAGAUCAACCGCAGUCCCCUGUUGGCUCAUAUCGUUCUCCAAAUUACGGAGUAGAUGAGGAUGAGUUCCGCAAUGUUUGGGGAGGUGAUGAAGAAUCUAGAUAG